AUGUCAGAGGGCAAUGAUAGUCAGAACAAGUCUGAAGAGCAGUUCAACCUCAGUGAGGGCACUAGUCCCUCAAGCAGCUAUGAUGAGGGGAGAAGAAGCACUCCCAGCAACUUGCCUAAGGCAGCAACUAGGCAAAAUAAGAAGAGAACAUCUGAAUCUGAGGAUGAGGAUUUUUUGAUUGAGGAGGAAGUGACCUCCAAGAAGAAAGUACUCAAGAAAGAGUAUGCUGCUGCUACCAAGCCUGGAAUGCCCAAGAAAGCUCCAUCUAGGAGAGCUCCAAUGUCCAAAGUCAGAGCCUCAACCCAGGAAACUAUGAAGUUCACUUUGGAACAAUCUAAUGAUGAUGAGGCUGCUGGCAAGAAGAAGAAGAGGGCAAGAACCACUACUCCUAAGGUGCUUGGAAAACCUUCCAUGGUGGAAGAUGAUGAAGAAGAGGAGGAGGAAGAGCCUGUUGCACCUCCUGCAAAGACUCAGAAGCUUAUGGGGGAUGUCAUAAGGACUAGGGCUGCUCCAUCUAAGCCCAAGUCUGCCCCCAAGCAUGCAGCUCAAGCUCAAGCCCCCAAGACCACUUCACCAAAGAGAUCUACCAGAAACAUCCCUGCUGCUGAAAAUAAUAAGGCCCCAGUGCCUGAAGCUCAAUAG